AUGUCGACCAUCGCAAGGACUCUCGGCAAUAUCCGCAAGAUUGGCCUGAAGGAAUACUGGCACCAACUCAACUAUAUCGGCGAUACCAAGGCCGGUGUGUUGGUCGGCACCGACAGGUUCGGCAACAAAUUCUACGAGAACAGGGAAGAGCUGCCGCUCCGCACAAGAUGGGUCGACUACGCCAAGCACGACUAUGAUGCCGGCCAUAUUGAACCUCUCUGGCACGCCUGGAUUUCGUACAUGGUCGAGACGCCGCCGAACCAGGACCCGAUCGUGACGGCGGCACCAAACCGGCCAUGGGCGCCCAAGAACCACACUCCCAACUUGACGUUUACCCGCGGUGCUUACAAACCUUAUAGCACCACGAAGCCCAAGGUGCAGUCGUGGGAGCCCAUCGCUGCGCCGAGGUAG